ACUGGACUGUGAUCAGUGUCCGGAGCUUGAGCAGAAGCGCGCACGGAGAGGGCGUCCUGGAGGGCAGCAGCGAUGCCGGAGCCGCCUAUAUAAGAGCCGCCAAGAUGCCCCCGAUCAUUUGUCCACUCGCGCUUUUUCAAGACAUCCCCCCUGACCGCAGCGCACAGCUCGCGCUCUGCUCCGCUCUCACGUGCAGACUGACACUUUCCAGCAGCGGCGCACAAUCACGCCCAAGCGCGUUUAGCGGAUUUCUCCGUCCUGCGCUUCGCCAUGCGCGGCGGCCAGCGCGGAUUUCAACAUCUGAACUUUUGGAAAGAGGAGUCCCGGAGCGCACAGCGUGCUCAGCGCAAGCUGAGCGUUUCCAAGUGACUGCAGAGCGCGCCUGUCUGGCACAGACUCCAAGUUAAGUUGUGAGUAUGAGAAGAGGAGACCGAGGUUAGGGUCAGCGAGCAGCCAGCGGACUCUCCGGACACGGACAAUGGAAACCUUCAGCGUGUCAGUGAACGGCGUGUCCUACACCGUGGCACCUGAACUCUCCACCACCGAUGAUCCCUUUAACGGACCCAUCAAGAACAUCGCGCCCUGGAACUUCAUCAUCCUGGCCGUUCUCAUGUUUGUGGUCACCUCGCUGUCUUUAACCGAAAAUUUCCUGGUCAUGUUUGUCACUUUCAAAUUCAAACAACUCAGGCAGCCCCUGAAUUACAUUAUAGUUAAUCUGGCCAUCGCCGACUUUCUAGUCUCUCUCACCGGUGGAGUAAUAAGUUUCCUGACUAACGCCAGGGGUUAUUUCUUCCUCGGGAAGUGGGCUUGCGUCCUGGAGGGCUUUGCAGUUACUUUUUUCGGGAUCGUGGCCCUCUGGUCCCUGGCUGUCCUGUCCUUUGAAAGGUUCUUUGUGAUCUGCCGGCCUCUGGGUAACAUCCGACUGCAAGCGAAGCACGCGAUCCUGGGUCUUCUGUUCGUUUGGUCCUUCUCCUUCAUCUGGACCUUCCCUCCAGUGCUGGGAUGGAACAGAUACACUGUAAGCAAGAUUGGGACCACCUGUGAGCCCGACUGGUAUUCAACCAACAUCACAGAUCACAGCUACAUCCUUACUUUCUUCGUCACCUGUUUCAUUUUGCCUCUCGGGGUGAUUUUCUUCUGCUAUGGGAAGCUCCUACGGAAGCUCAGGAAGGUAUCACAUGGUCGUCUGGCCACUGCCAGGAAACCAGAGCGCCAAGUGACCCGCAUGGUGGUGGUGAUGAUCGUGGCAUUCAUGGUGGGUUGGACACCAUACGCAGUCUUCUCCAUAUUGGUCACAGCACAUCCAACUAUUGAACUGGAUCCAAGACUGGCUUCUAUCCCAGCCUUCUUCUCCAAGACAGCUGCUGUCUACAAUCCAGUCAUCUAUGUUUUCAUGAACAAACAGUUCAGGAAGUGUCUUAUCCAGCACUUCACCGGCGUGGGGACGAUCCCUGAUAGCAACCUGAAUCAGACCUCUGAUCGACCUGGAAUCACUGCCGAGAGUCACACGGGAGAGAUGUCAGCCAUUGCUGCCCACAUCCCUGUGGGCAGCACCACGUCACCUAGAUCGGACUUCAGAUCUGAUUCUCCAACCGACUGCGGUUCAUUUGCUCAGCUUCCCAUUCCAGAGAAUAAAGUCUGCCCAAUGUAACAAUAGGCUUUACCCCGACAGGUGUUCUCUUUCCCUGAGCGUGAAUAGACACCCUUCUGUAGACGCCCCACCCUCACCCUGUGUUUCAAGGACAAUUAAGGGUUAGCAAAAAGUAAGAAAUUUUAUGGUCCAGAGUAUUCUGGUAGAUGUUCAGUUUAUUAUUGGAGAAAAAAAGACUUGGGGGAAAGAACUGUAGAAACUGAACUGCUCAGAGCUUUACCCUGUAGAUAUCCUGUAAAUAUUUGCUCACCAGUGCUCCUCUGUCCUGUUAUUCAAGAAUGUCUUGGAUGUUCUCUUGACCAUCACGGCACAAUGGAAGGCACUUGAUUCAACGUGAUUCAUUCAUAUCCCAAUGAAAAAAAAGGGACUUGCAAAACCCACAGACCUUGACAUCCGUUAGUUGAGGGCUAGCCAGUGUGUUUCAAAUAUCACAAUGCACCCAGCCUUUCAUCUUGUCCUCGCCUUCUCCUUUGAAGCCCCAUGAUGGUGCCUGCAGAGAAAGCGUGUUUUUCUAUGCUGUUUCAGUAUUUGCUUUGGCAGCAAUUUUCAUUCAUCUCUGUCCGUCAAAAGGACGGAGCAGUCUGCUGAAUUUGAAUAUUUUUUUUUUGUAUCCCGCGUAAACUAGUUUGGGUCAAAGCUUUUAUCUUUUUUGAAGAUGGUCAAGAGGGCUUAGAGAUGCCAGUCUCCCGUUCCCUCUGUUGCAGAUAGAGGAGGACAGCAUAUUAAUAAGGUGCCAGCAGUGGAUCACCACAUACAUGCACACACUACAGUCCACUGCUUUGAUGUAAGCUCUCUAUAGGAACUGUGAAGAAAUGCAUCAAUAAUUAUCACUAGCACACAAGUGGGUUUGCUAGUUAGCCAUGUAUAAAAGCAAUGAGUAUUCCAUCACAAGCACAGUUCAGCAGCAAUAUUGAAGCUAAAUACCGUCACUUUUGAGCACUUCAGCAGUAGCUACAAGUAGACGUAGCAAUCAGUGUUACAAUAUGUCUUCUACUUUGUGGUGCAUGUUCAUUCAUUAUUACUGGGUAUCUGUCAAAAACACCGUCGUAUGCUAAGCAGUGAUUCACCGGUAUGGUGUUUGUUUACAACGUGUGUUUCAGUUAUGUCUGGCCAGGAGUAAAAUCCAGCAUUUUUAAGCACCAGUGCAUCUGUGUCAAGUUAACUGUGACACCAACAACAGACUAUUUUAAAGAGAACUGUCAAAUUAGCUUCUGUCCUGUCCUGGAGAAGUUUGUCACAGAUUUAAUCGCUUCAAUGACUGUUACUGCUUUGUUGUCAGGUCCAGAAACUUUAGAUACGUGUCUUUGGAACCUAAACCUGCAUUAAUCAAUAUGUUUUGUGUCAACAGUGAAUAAACUAUGUGUGUUGUGAAAGGGUUACUGUUCGAAAAAACACUGAAGACCUGUGUUCUUUUUAGCUCGUUUAGCUUGUAGGUUCAUUUUGAAAGCAGCAAACUCUCACUGUGGUUCAAUUUUAGAAACGGGUUGCUGAUUUCAGAAAAGGUCAUUUAACCACCUCUAUGCUACCUGGGCAGGAAUGUGCAAGACUUCUUUAUGAAAAUUAAUAAAGGAGUCUUAUACUUCUGCACCUGUGGCAUUUUUUAUUCAUUUCAUAUUUAGUGAUGAGUUGAAAAAAUCCUGUAAUGGAUACAAAUUACGUACGGACAAUGUGCGUUAAGCAUGACGUGAAAGAAACGCAAACAGAACAUAACACAGGGGGAAGUUUUGUUCAGAUUAGUCCACCCAUUAAGAAAAAGACGGGGUACAUUCAUGCAUGCGCUACGAUCAUUAUAGCAAAGAUUAUCUCAGAGAAAAAGAACUGGCAAUUUUUGUGGAUAGUUUUUGUCAGAACUUUUCACUAAAAUCAUGCUCAUGGAUCAGGAAUUUUCACGCAAAUUUCCCUUCCCUUACAUUUCUAAUGCUUUAGCUAGUUUAGACAAUUUGAGUCAAGUGGAGAUGUACACGUGUGUAUUUAAAAGCCUACUUUUAAACUUGUAAUCUGACAAAAAGGAAUCUACCAAAUACCUCCACAAGUCAUCACUAAGUCACAAGUACAGCCACCAAUUUUGGGGCAAGUCAAAUAUUAAACAGCAAUAAGGACCUUAUCAAGAAACCUACAGAAGUAUAGUUACAGUAAAAACUAGUUCUGUAUCAGCACAAAGCGAAAGCACACUAAAGAAGCAAUGACCUCUUCUCUAAAACUUGAAAGCCUUAAAGCAGUUUACAACAGCACGUGGGGCUAAAAGAAUAUUAUUCUUUGGAGGUAAUUGUCUUUAAGGUGUGGCCAUAAUGAACAUUCAUAUGUUUGGAGAAAAAUUAAGAAGGCUCACAAGGAGGUUCUUCCAAACACAAAAUCCCAAAGUUAGGGUUAAGCUGGAAAAACAAAAGUUAUUUUUCACAAAGUAGUUUUUAAUGUAUUUCAUGGAUGCUUUGCGUGGUUUCCAUUAGCACACUUUAAAAAUGCCAGUGUAGAGUCUAAACACAGCAUAUUGAUAUGAAUGGUCACAUUUUACAGGAUUCGUACUCUGUCACUCUAAACAUGGCUGAACAAGUGCAACUUCUUUAAUGACUGAGCCUUUGUCUUGGGUUUGUUAACCAAAAGCUCCACCCUAAAAGAGGUGGAAUCAAUGAAAUUUCUGAUUAUUCACGCUGAAUUAUUCUUAGACACUAUAAUGGGUCAUCCGACUAAUUGGGUUAACAUUGUGAUGUUUAUUCAUUUGCAAACAGGAUAUUCCAUUAAUAUUAAUUACAAAGCACUGCAUGCAUGACAUUAUGAUCGGGAGCUGAACCCCCCUGAAAAUUUGAAUCUAGAAUCGCCCCUGGAUCAUACGUUAAUGACAAUGCAGUAUCAACCGCUCAGCAGCUCCGCUACCAUCGAUGGUAGUCAAAAAUCCCAACUUUGUGUUUAAGUGUCAACACUUAAACACAAGUCAGUACCCAUAAGCAUUCUUUUAACGUUUCUCUAAGUCGUGCCACUACUGACACACAUACACAAGCUUCAGCAACAGUGGAUACAGCAGAUGUAUAUCGUGGCUUCACCUUGAAGAUCUGACAGGAUAUAAAUCAAACAAACCUGCCAGUGUUACAUUUUGGUGAAAAGGAUUACAGACUGCACUGAAUGCUGAUGAGGGGAGGGGAUACUUCCAACGGUCGUAGAUGGGUUAAAGCACCUAUUUCUCACCUCUUUACAGUGAGUUGUGUAAUACUUAUAAGGCAUGGCAAGACUUGUUCAGCUGUUUGUUUUUUGUCUCAUGAGUACUAUUGUAUAUGUCAUAGAUGCACUGUGGUUGUAAAAA